GAAAUCUAAUUGACAUUGACAAUUGAAAUCGAUCUAUAGUGUUUGCUAUUCCAGUGCCUGCUGUGUCGAUGCGAAUUGCGAUGUAUAGAACUCUCAAGACUCACACUAGUAUCUUUUAUAAAGUUUAACUACAUUAGCACAUAAAAUGCUACCUUUACCUGCUGCCUUUACAAGCUUAUUGAGAACGCAUUGCCCUAGGUUUUUGAGAUAUCAGAAUUAUGCAACACGAAAGAGAUUUUAUAGAGGUACUGGAGUAAUUCAAAGUGAAAAGAAAUGGGAAGUUACCUUAGAUCACCGGCGACUGAAAACACCUAAUGGCCAAGUUUUGACUGUAAAUAGUGAACCUCUAGCUCGAGCUAUUGCGGCAGAAUGGGAUGCUCAAACUGAAGUUAUCACACAACCAACCAUGCACUUGACUUCACUAUGCAACACUGCACUUGACAAUCCUGGGAAAUUAACACCACAUGACAUUGCAAUUUACUUUUUAGAGUACUUUUCAACUGAUACUCUUCUAUUUCAUUCUGAGGAAGAAGAGGAGUUAAGAAAAUUACAAGAAAGAAAAUGGGGACCUAUAAUAGAUUGGUUCCAGGAAAGAUUUGAUGUAGUCCAAGAGGUGUCUAAAGGUCUGGAGCCACCACCUGUAACUGCAAACACUAGAGCAGUUUUAGCAAAAUAUUUUUUGUCGUAUGACUUCCCUGCUCUUACUGCUAUGUCAUUUGGGGUGGAGGCUCUAAAAUCGCCUUUAUUGAUGCUGGCUUGUGUGGAGCGACGUCUGAAUCCAACGGAGGCAGUACUUUUAGCGCGUCUAGAAGAAGAAUAUCAGUUAAUGCGGUGGGGGCGCGUUCCGUGGGCUCACGAGUUAAAUCAAGCGGAGCUAACUGCGCGUGUGGCAGCUUCUUUGUUAGUCAUCCACAGCUCUGUAGAACACCACUCGGCGAAAGCGAAGACAACGCCUCAACAAAUAAGUCAAUGAAUGCCGUAGACAAUUGUUGGUUAUCGCGUUUAUUUUUUAGAUAAAUAAAUUUUUACUUAGUUCAUUGUU